AUGCCUACCAUCCCCACUGCGCUUCAAGCCCGAUCGACAGCGCCUAUGAAUCCCGCUUCAGUAAUGGCGCCGUCACCUAGCAAGAAGCGCAAGGCCGAAGAAGCGAACCCGAUCUCCAAGAGCGGCUCUGAUAUGGCGCAGCGCAGCGAUCCAUCCUUGACAGCUCCUACUCGCGACCAUCUCCUUCCGAACGGGCACACAGACGAUCAGAAGACGCCAGCAAAGCGCCUGAAGACCACCCAUGCGAAGCGCAAUGUAGCUCCAGGUCCUGCCGCGAGCACCACGAGUCGCACUAUAGCCUCUAGUCGUGUAUCAGCCACUGGCGCAGUGCAUGUCGCAACAAACGAUACGCCUACACAAAGCUCGAUGACAAUGUCGACAGAGUUGAGGGCUGCGAAGACCAAGGUUCACAACAGCGCUGUGUCAGGUGCUGAAGACGUGUACAUCAUGGAGACAGAAGACGACACUGCUUCAGAGGAAGAGGCUUCUGCCUUCGAGGAAGAGCAUUAUGCUUCAGAGGAAGAGGAAAAUGAUGUAGAGGAAGAAGACGACGACGCAGUUGCACAACAACUGCGCGCUAGAGCGACAGUCUUCAAUCCACCACCUCGCCCGGCGAUUACACCUUGGGACUACGAUUUCCCAGCGCCGACACUCCCCUAUCACGACCAAUCCAGUUGUCCAGUCGAUUGGAGUAAAGUCGUCAUCGAUUCCAAAGUUUCCAAAAGAUGCGAAAAGGCCUAUGAGCUACGUAGGCCAUGGCAACAGGAGCCAGUCGCUUGGGACAAGAUGGCAGAGCUGGGCAAUGUCAGUGCAGAGGGCGUACGUAAGCGCUUCGCGUCAGCCAAUAAGGCAGUCUUUGAGCUCACGGGAGUUUACUUCGCCACGAGCCCCCUUGGGCUUGCCGAGUAUGACAUCCCCUUGUACGCAGAGCUGAAGAACUUCCUUCCAGACACAAGCGAAGCGUCUCCGGUUCUGAGCAAAGAACCUAUCACCAACCCAUUGUUCUACGACGGUGAGGCUGUUCAGCUUGUGAUCUUUCCGCCUGGACAAGAUGGUGGCGUCAAUCGCUUCGUACCGCAAGAGGUCAUGGACCGGCUGCCGAUCAACGACCAACACUUUCUUGAGUACUCUCUCGAUAAUUUCGAUCGGUGGUACACUUCGGCUUUUCUAGGUCGUCGUCACACUUUCCCGAGACGCAUAUACCGCCUUGAGCCAUACGAUGACACAAGCUUCAUUCACCGCGAUAACGGCACACCGUCCAUCGCGAUGAGCGAUUUGUUCGAGACAUACCGGCUCUCCCAAGCGAUGGGGACUACGGAGGUCUGCGAUAUGAUCCUUGACGAAAUUGUCUUGUCUUUCAAGCAAGAAAUCGAGCUUGUCAAAGAGCAUGAAGAGGGGAAAGUUACCAUGCAGGAUUGCGACAACACCAUCCAGUUCAUGAGCUUCAGAAUUGACGACGUCAACUUACUUUGGGAGCACACCAAGGCCAAUGAUAAGAUCCGUAUGGUAGUGCUCGAGUCAUUGUUUGACCAAGUUGAGCUGUUACGAGCUAAAGUGGAAAAGCAAAAGCGUCAUCUGAACAGGGAUUUCGUGAUAGACUGGUGCUUCCACACCAUUCUCUUAAUGAUGGCCGGGCCUUGCGACAUUGUCCAGAGGUUCAGACGGGGCGAGGGAAAUCUCCAAGAUUUCUGCGCCCGAUACCACGACCAUGGGAACUCUAAGUCUGAGUGUUUCCGCGCCAAACCUGAGUCCUCCAAACUCAUUCCCGAGGAGACUGACGAACCCAGGAUCAUCAAAGUUCGCUUCGGUACUGUGGAUCUGGAGAUCGAGGAUCGCGCUAGCUAUGCCGGGGUCAUCUUCCGCUUUGAGCGUCUAGUAGAGGACAAAUCGGAGUGGGACUGGCUGCGCAUACGCUCCAUCGCCACGUUCGUUGAAGGCCCUCUAGUUCCUGAUGCUCGCCGCAGGAAGUGGCACCUGGAGCCGAUCUAUUAUGAGCUGGAUACCAUCGAUGCCCAUGGCCGAUACCCUUGCCAUCCAGGUUAUCAGAACCAGGAUUGGACACAUCCGGUUGGAGAGCCAGAUGUCUACGACGAGCCAUGGGGGAAGGUCAUCAGGCGCGAAGUCCCCGCGGGGGCGACCAAGUACCGCGAGACCAAGAUACCCGCUGGCAAGGACGAGCAUGGGAAGAUAAUUUUCAAGGUGACAGAAGUCUUCUUUGAGAUUGAAGACCCGCGUUGGUACCCUCCUAAUGACUGGAAUGCGGACAUGGACCCUUGCGAUUUUUGGCCCCAGGAGCUCAGGGAGUAUCGGAGGUGGCUCUGGGUUGAAGAAGGAGGGACGAUCCCGCGGAUUGAGGUUCAGCGGUUUCGACCUUAUGAAGACGACACUCGUCAUUGGAAAGAGCCUUUUGUGGAUCGGAUGAACAAGUUGAGCGUUUUUGACAUCCUUAAUUGA